GCGGCCUCGAAAGCAACACCUCUCCCUUUACCACUUUCCUUUCUCCCAAACAUGGCCACCGCAGAGGAAGGGCAAUUCCUCAAGCAGGCCACGGGCCGGACCACUCGAGGCUUGCUUCGGGUUGUUAUUCUGUGCUUGAUCGCAGGUGCAGCUGUGAGCAGCCGUCUGUUCUCCGUGAUUCGCUUCGAGAGCAUCAUCCACGAGUUCGAUCCAUGGUUCAAUUUCCGAGCUACAAAAUACCUUGUACAGAAUGGCUUCUACAGCUUCUGGGAUUGGUUCGACGACCGAACAUGGCAUCCCCUUGGUCGCGUUACUGGUGGUACUCUGUACCCUGGAUUGAUGGUUACCAGCGGUGCCAUCUACCACCUCCUCCGUGCCCUCGCCCUCCCCGUCGACAUUCGUAACAUUUGCGUCCUUCUCGCCCCGGCCUUUUCCGGCCUCACUGCGCUCGCAACAUAUCUCCUGACCACCGAGAUGGUUACCUCGCCCUCCGCCGGUCUGCUCGCCGCAGCGUUCAUGGGUAUCACCCCCGGUUACAUCUCGCGUUCGGUCGCCGGUAGUUACGAUAACGAGGCGAUCGCCAUCUUCCUGCUCGUCUUCACCUUCUUCCUGUGGAUCAAGGCCGUCAAGGAAGGAUCCAUGUUCUGGGGCGCGUUGACCGCGUUGUUCUACGGAUACAUGGUGUCGGCGUGGGGUGGAUACGUCUUCAUCACGAACUUGCUGCCCCUGCACGCAUUCGUCUUGAUCUGCAUGGGACGCUACAGCCCCAGGCUCUACGUCAGCUACACCUCGUGGUAUGCGCUCGGCACGCUGGCGAGUAUGCAGAUUCCAUUUGUUGGUUUCCUGCCCAUCCGUAGUUCUGAGCACAUGUCUGCGCUCGGUGUGUUUGGCCUCCUGCAGCUGGUUGCCUUCGUCGACUGGGUCCGCGCUCAGCUCCCCAGCAAGCAGUUCCAGACUCUGCUCCGCGCUCUUGUCUUGUUCGUCUUCGUCGUGGCUUUCGGUGGACUUGUCCUCUUGACUGUCACCGGAGUAAUCGCACCCUGGACCGGCCGUUUCUACUCUCUCUGGGAUACCGGAUACGCCAAGAUUCACAUUCCCAUCAUUGCCUCCGUCUCCGAGCACCAGCCUACCGCAUGGCCCGCUUUCUUCUUCGACUUGAGCAUGAUGAUCUGGCUGUUCCCCGCUGGUGUCUACAUGUGCUUCACUAAGCUGACUGACGAGCAAGUUUUCGUUGUCAUCUACGCUGUACUUGCCAGUUACUUCGCUGGUGUCAUGGUUCGUCUGAUGCUUACCCUGACCCCCAUUGUCUGCGUAGCAUCGGCCAUUGCUUUCUCUCAGAUCCUGGACACCUACCUCGAUGCUAAGACCCCGGUCGUCAAGGCUGAGCCCAAGGAGGGUGAGGCGUCCGACGCUGCCAGUAUUGCUGCUGCCGCGGUCCUGCCGGAUGGUCUCCGCUCUACGCGCAAGCCUUACGUUGGAAUCCAGUCGUACGCCUCCAAGCUCACAGUUGUGGGCGCUUCUGCUGUCUACCUCAUGCUCUUUGUGCUCCACUGCACUUGGGUUACAUCCAACGCCUACUCCUCACCUUCCGUUGUCCUUGCUUCCAAGCUUGCCGAUGGUAGCCAGCACAUCAUCGAUGAUUACCGCGAGGCGUACUACUGGCUCAGGCAGAACACUGCUCAGGAUGCCAAGAUCAUGUCCUGGUGGGAUUACGGAUACCAGAUUGGUGGUAUGGCUGACCGUCCGACUCUCGUUGACAACAACACCUGGAACAAUACUCACAUUGCCACCGUUGGUAAGGCUAUGAGCUCGAGAGAGGAGGUCUCUUACCCCAUCAUGCGCCAGCACGAGGUCGAUUACGUCCUUGUUGUAUUUGGUGGUCUUCUUGGCUACUCCGGCGAUGACAUCAACAAGUUCCUCUGGAUGGUCCGUAUCGCUGAAGGCAUCUGGCCUGAUGAGGUCAAGGAGCGCAACUUCUUUACUGCCCGUGGCGAGUACCGUGUGGAUGACGGCGCCACUGAGACUAUGAAGAACAGCUUGAUGUACAAGAUGUCGUACUACAACUACAACUCCCUCUUCCCCGCUGGACAGGCUCAGGACCGUGUCCGUGGCGUGAAGCUGCCUGCCGAGGGUCCCAAGCUCAACACCAUCGAAGAGGCAUUCACCAGUGAGAACUGGAUCAUCAGGAUCUACAAGGUCAAGGACCUUGACAACUUUGGCCGUGACCACGGUAGUGCCGUGGCUUUCGAUCAGGGCCAUAAGAAGAAGAGGGCCGCGAAGAGGAAGGGCGCGAGGGUACUAAGGGUGGACUAGACGUUAUGAUCUAAGAGUAGCACCUGUAAAGAUAUGUUGGUCGGCAUGCUGACAGACUGGCGUUUUGGGAAGAAUAAAAGAACAUUUGAGCCCCACCGCAGGAUUUGCAUUCGCGUAUCUCAAAGCCCUGUUGACCGUAGCUUCAAAACUGGUAGGUUGCCUAAGGUGGAUUUGCGGUUGUGACCGAGUCUCAGUCACCUCACCUUCACCUUGGCUUAACG